AUGAUACGGCUCUACAAUACAGAUAGUGGUGGCAACAAGCUCCGACUGGUGGAGGUGGACACUGGUGAGUUGACAUCGCUCGCGGGCAGCGGCGAGGCUGGCGACGCCGAUGGCGUGCGCGGCGCGGCGCAGUUCCACAACCCAACCGGCGUCGCCAUCAGCCCGGACGGUAGCGCGCUGUUCGUAGCGGACAAUCGGAGCCACAAGAUCCGGCGGGUGGAGGUGGCGACGGGCGCUGUCGCCACGCUCGCGGGCAGCGGCGACGCAGACGACGCGGACGGCGUGGGCGAUGCGGCGCACUUCAGCUACCCAUCUGCCGUCGCCAUCAGCCCAGACGGCGGCGCGCUGUUUGUGACGGACAGCGGCAACCACAAGAUCCGGCGGGUUGAGGUGGCGACGGGCUCGGUGACGACAGUCGCGGGCAAUGGCGACGAAGGCGACGCGGAUGGCGUGGGCGAUGCGGCGCACUUCUGCAACCCGAUUGGAAUCGCCAUCAGCCUGGACGGCAGCGCUCUGUUUGUAGCCGACAAUGAGAACCACAAGAUCCGGCGGGUUGAGGUGGCGACGGGCGCUGUGACGACGCUCGCGGGCAGCGGCGAGGGUGGCAACGCUGAUGGCGUGGGCGAUGCGGCGACCUUCGAUCAACCAGUCGAGGUCGCCAUCAGCGCCGACGGCAGCACUCUCUUGGUCAGCUCAGUCGGUGACCUCCGCCAGCGCCUCGAGCACGUCAGCAAGUCCCUGCUCUGCGCCCGGUCCGUGUUCUUUCGGACCAUGUUCGGCAUCGGCAUGAAGGAGCGCGACACCGCCGAGGUCACGGUGCCCCACACCGACCUCGCCAGCUUCACCGCCCUAGUCCGCUACCUCCUCACCGACCAGCUCGACCUCGGCGAGGAGGAGGGCAGGGCGCAGCGCGCGCUCGACCUGCGGGAGCUGGCGCAGAUGUAUCAGGUGCCGCGCCUCGAGCUGCUCUGCGCGCAGGCGCUGCAGGAGAGCGUCGGGCCGGCGACCGCCGUGCCGCUGCUCGAGGCGGCGCACACGAUGGGCGACGGGCGGCUCCUCGCGCAGUGCCGCCGCUACGUGGCCGACCACGCCGCCGAGGUGCGCGCGAGCGGCGGCGUGCUGCGCGACUUUGGCGUGGCCAAGGGGCUGCUCGGCGACGCGCUCGACCAGGUGGCGGAGCUCAAGGAGACGGUGGCGGAGCUCAAGGGGGCGGUGGCGACGCGCGAGGCGGAGAUUUGCGUGAAUGCCGCCGUUGAGCCCUUGAGACGCUUGACCCUUGACGGAUGCGCCGGGCCCGGGCGGGGCUGGGAAGCUAGCUCUCAUGUCACAUAUGUGAUAGUUUUGUCAUAUGUGUGCGGCACCUGA